AUGUCUCCGAUACUUUCUUAUGUUAAAGAUAACUCAACUUACAAAGCAAAUAAAAAGAAGGAGAAGGAGCGGCCAGAGAUUUCUCUUCCUUCAGAUUUUGAGCACACGAUUCACGUUGGGUUUGAUGCUGUCACAGGGGAGUUUACAGGGAUGCCAGAACAGUGGGCCCGCUUGCUUCAGACAUCAAAUAUCACUAAGUCGGAGCAGAAGAAAAACCCGCAGGCUGUGCUGGAUGUGUUAGAAUUCUAUAACUCCAAGAAGACCUCCAACAGCCAGAAGUACAUGAGCUUUACAGAUAAAUUAGCUGAGGAUUAUAAUUCUUCUAACACUUUGAAUGUGAAGACUGUGUCUGAGACCCCCGCCGUGCCACCAGUCUCAGAAGAUGAAGACGAUGAUGAUGAUGCUACCCCACCUCCAGUGAUUGCUCCACGCCCAGAGCACACAAAAUCUGUCUACACACGGUCUGUGAUUGAACCACUUCCUGUUACUCCAACUCGGGAUGUGGCUACAUCUCCCAUUUCACCUACGGAGAGUAAUACCACUCCUCCAGAUGCUCUGACCCGGAAUACUGAGAAGCAGAAGAAGAAGCCUAAAAUGUCUGAUGAAGAGAUCUUGGAGAAAUUACGAAGCAUAGUGAGUGUGGGAGAUCCUAAGAAGAAAUAUACACGGUUUGAGAAGAUUGGACAAGGUGCUUCAGGCACUGUGUACACAGCAAUGGAUGUGGCCACAGGACAGGAGGUGGCCAUUAAGCAGAUGAACCUUCAGCAGCAGCCGAAGAAAGAGCUGAUUAUUAAUGAGAUCCUGGUCAUGAGGGAAAAUAAGAACCCAAAUAUUGUGAACUACUUGGACAGUUACCUCGUGGGAGAUGAGCUGUGGGUUGUCAUGGAAUACUUGGCUGGAGGCUCUUUGACAGAUGUGGUGACGGAAACCUGCAUGGAUGAAGGCCAGAUUGCAGCUGUUUGCCGUGAGUGCCUGCAAGCUUUGGAGUUUCUGCAUUCCAACCAGGUCAUUCACAGAGAUAUCAAGAGUGACAACAUCCUGUUGGGAAUGGAUGGCUCUGUCAAGCUAAGUGAGGAAGUAAAGCAAGGACCUACCUGCCGGAUUUUGGGAUAUGGGGAUUGUUUUCAAGAAGAAAGAAGAAUUGGAGCAAAACCUCAUUUGGAACCUAAGGUGAUUUUCCACUUGUAUUGUCAGGCCUUGUACCUCAUUGCCACCAAUGGGACCCCAGAGCUUCAGAACCCAGAGAAGCUGUCAUCUAUCUUCCGAGGACUUUCUGACCGCUGUCUUGAGAUGGAUGUGGAGAAGAGAGGUUCGGCUAAAGAGCUGUUACAGCAUCAGUUCCUGAAGAUUGCCAAACCCCUCUCCAGCCUCACUCCACUCAUCGCUGCAGCAAAGGAGGCAACCAAGAACAAUCACUAAAACCACACUCACCCCAGCCUCCUUGUACCAAGCCUUCCGUGAAAUUAAUGCUAAUUCCAGAAAUUCCAACCCUUGAUGCUCUCUCUUCCUUGCCUUGCUCCUCCCAUUUCCUGGUCUAGUGCUCUCAAGACUUUGAUCCUUGAAAACCAUGUGUCCAGCAUUGAAGAGAAAUGCAACUGACUACUCAGAUGACGGCCAUCUGAAUAAGGAAUUUCCUCCUGAUUUGCGGAUGUGAGGAUGGUUUAUGAUCCGAGCUCAUAGGAAUAAACCCUUGGACUCCUGUUUCUACCUAGCAAAAUCUUCUUCACAUACCACCUCUUCCCAAACCCCAGGCCAAUCCGUUUUUGGCUGUAUAAAUUUUUGGCUUUAUAACAUUAUCAAUUUGUAAUUGGUUGAGGCUUCUUUAGUUCUUGAUUUUCUGUGACUGAACUGCCCAAACACCGUAUUGUACUUGAAAAUUGGAACAGCUUGAGGAAUGCCCUGGUGGUUGAUAAUCUGUCAGGGACAUGAAAUGACUCAGCUUCCUGGACCAUGUCUGUGGCACAGCUGAUACUGAGAUGGGAAGAGAGGGCUACCACAUUUUUCCUUGUGUGUGCUUCUACAGCUGCUUGGGAGGAUCUUGACCCAGUAGUGUUCCCCAUGCUAUUUCUUGUGAGAUGGUCUUGGCUAUCUAUGUAGCAGCUUUUGACUCCCUACAUCCUUUAGACUGCUGCUCCCCAUUCUGUCCUUGUUUAGAACUCAGAAGUUUCCUAGGGCCUAUGCUGAGAGCAGUGUGAGAAGUCAGGAGAGAAAACAUUAGCUGCUUUUAGAACAAGGCUGGAUAUCAGUACCUGUCCAGCUAUACCUAUGUGAUAUUUUAAGAACUCAGUCUCUUUUUCCUUUUGGGAUAAGGAGCUGAAAGGUUAAGUGAGAUCUUCCAAUGGCCUGAAUCUUUCGGUCAAAGGGAAGGAUCUCCAAAUCUUAGACUACAUGUUAGUUUGGAUGGACUUGGUGGCUUGAGAUGAUACUCUGCCAGCUGUGAGGGGACCCUGUUUUCACAAUGCAUGGCCAAGCUCUCUGCAAAUGGAAAUGCUUGCACUGGGUGUUUGGGAUGUUUGCUACCUCCUGCUAUCUUUGUGGUUUUGGUCCUGCCACUAUGGUAGGACCCCUGGCCAGCAUUGUGGCUUGUCAUGUCAGCCCCAUUGGCUACCUUGUUAUGCUCUGAGGUACUACUGCCUCUGCAGCACAGGUUUUAUUUCCUUCAAUAAAAGAGGAUGAAAAUACUCUA